UGGAUGAUCCGGCAACCACCGCAUGAUUGCCAUCGCGUCGCAUCACGCCGCGCGCGCGGCCGGGCGGUAGAAGAAAACAACAACACCGGCACGGCCUAUACGCGCCUCCCACGACGCCGGUUCCCCACUCCCGUCCCGUCCGUCGUCGCCAAUCCCUUCUUCCCUCCAACUCCUCCUACCUCGCCUCGCCUACACAAGACACCAUCUUUUUAAGGCGCGCCGCCCCCGUUCCCAUCCCACCGAUUCUUCUGGUGCCCGUGCCGCGCGCCGCCGCCCGCCGACGCCGACGCCGACGCCGCGCGCGCGCGCCUACCGUUUCUUUAUAAUCAUACCAUCCAGCCCACCCACUAAUCAUUCCGCGAUUCCCACCCCACUGUUUCCGCGCUUUUUAUCCGAGGGAGGGGGUUCUUCCGCUGCUCUGUCUCAUCCUCCUCGGGCCGGGAACGGACGGCGAGGAGGAGGAGGAGGAGGAUUGUCCGCCUGGCUGAGCUGCUGCGGUUGAUGAUGUCAUGUGGCCCCUCUGCUUCAUCUCGGACAAGCUGUUCAAGAUGCCCGGGGACGACGCCGGCGAGGGGCCGCUGCCUCCCGACGGCCAACUCCCACUAGCUCGCCGGUCCUGCUCCAUCGAUGUUCCGCACGUGCAGCAGGCCUUCACCUGGGACUGCGGCCUCGCUUGCGUGCUCAUGGUGCUCAGGACGCUCGGGGUGGAUUGCUGCGACGGCAUUGCGCAUCUCGAGAAGCUCUGCCGCACCACAAGCGUUUGGACAGUCGACUUGGCAUAUCUACUACACAAGUUCUCAGUUGUUUUUUCGUUCUUCACUGUGACAAUUGGAGCAAAUCCGCAAUAUUCUGCAGAAACCUUUUAUAGGGAGCAAUUGCAAGAAGAUAUUGAUCGCGUGGACGAGUUAUUUGGAAAAGCCCUUGAUGCUGGAAUCAGUAUUCAAUGCAGAUCCAUCAGUGCGUAUGAUAUUGCUUUUCUACUGUUAUCCGGGCACUGCAUAGCUAUUGCACUAGUGGAUAAAUCAAAGUUAAUUUCCUCUUGGAUGAAUGAUGUACAUGAUGUGCAACAGUUCGAUGAGGAUUCUGAUUACAUGGGGCAUUAUGUUGUAAUAUGUGGAUAUGAUGCUGAUGCCUGCGAGUUUGAGAUAAGGGAUCCGGCCAGUUCUAGAAAGCGUGAAAUGGUGCCAAUGAAAAGCUUAGACGAGGCCCGCAAAUCUUUUGGAACUGACGAGGAUAUCCUUUUGGUCUCGUUAACUGGAAAAACCCGAUGAUGCCGCCGUGUAAAGUCUGGCUGGGUCUCCAUGAACUGUUCACCGGCCUCCAGUCUCCUUGUGUAUACGCUGUACAUGGCCCUGUAGUUAUGCUUGCCACUUAUCAAGUCCGGUGUGUAGUUUGAGAGCUUUCUUACAGUCGAUAGAAACCCUACUGAAGUUAGAUAGAAGAAGCCAGCAAGGUUGAUAAGCUCACGCAUCACCUCAUCGCCGUGCUGGAGUUGCAAAGGGAGAAGCAGGAUCAGCAGCAACACUGCUCAGCAAGAACUGCCUCUGUAAAUCAUCUCUGCUUGGAGCACAAGUCGCGUACGACGAUAGCUGGACAGAGAUGUAGCAUAUGUACAGAUAUAUAUAUAUAUAUAUAUAUAUAUAUAUAUAUAUAUCCAGGAAUAAAUCUGGUGGCCUCCUGUGUCACAUAGUCGUAUCCACUGUCAAUUCUUUCUGGCACC